CCGUCAUUGGUUCCUGGCUCUACUUUCUGACUGAGCAUGUGUGUACGCCGCUUAGCUGUUAGCAUUUAGAGAUGGCCGCAGACAAGCAAAACGAAGCUAAAGUUUCCCUCAUGGAUGAAAAUAAAGAAAAUUCACCGGAUGGAGGACUUGGACUGGAAAUUUUGCAAAUAAUCAAGGAGUCCCAGCAGCAGCAUGGCCUCAGGCACGGAGACUACCAGAGAUACAGGGGCUACUGCUCCCGCAGACUGCGCCGCCUGCGCAAGACUCUUGGCUUUAGGAUGGGCAACCGACACAAGUUUGUUGGGAAGAAAAUAACUGUUGAAAUGCUUUCUGACAGCAGGUAUCUGUUGCUGGUUUUGAUGGAGGCAGAGCGUGCGUGGAGUUACGCCAUGCAGCUGAAGCAGGAGGCCAAUACAGAGCCACGUAAGCGCUUCCACCUGCUGGCACGACUACGCAAGGCUGCCAAGCACAGUGAGAAGCUGGAGAAGCUCUGUGAGAGCCCCCGUGUCGACGCCAAGACCAAACUUGAGGCGCAGGCCUACACUGCAUACCUGACUGGUAUGGUGGAGUUUGAACUGCAGGAGUGGAAGCUUGCCAUGGAGGCCUUCAACAAGUGCAAGACCAUCUAUGAGAAGCUGGCCAGUGCGUUCACUGAAGAGCUAGCAGUUCUGUAUCGCCAGCGUGUGGAUGAGAUAUCACCCAACAUCCGCUACUGUGCUUACAACAUUGGUGAUCAGAACGCCAUCAAUGACUUGAUGCAGAUGAGACUGACUGGUGGAGGAGGAGGCAUGAUGGCUGAGAAACUAGAGGCCCUGAUAACUCAGGCAAGAACCAAGCAGGCAGCCACCAUGAGUGAGGUGGAGUGGCGAGGGCGGACGGUGCCCGUCAAGAUCGACAAGGCCCGCAUCUUCCUCUUGGGUCUGUCAGACAAUGAGGCCGCUAUCGCUCAGGCAUCUAACGAGGAGACCAAAGAGCAUCUGUAUGAGACCCUGCUGGCCGAGUGCAGAGACACGAUUCAGGCUGUGAGAGAGGAACUCAAGAGUGAGGCGAAGCAACGAGAUAGGAGCUCUGAUGGCGACACUGGCAAGGUGUCCAAUAUGCAGUUCCUGCACAGUUACCUGACCUACAUCAAGCUUUGUACGCUGGUGAAGAGGAAUGAGAGCAUGGCCCACACUCUGCAGGCUAAACUGAAGGAACCCGAAUCCGAUGAGAACAAGAGAGGACCCCGUCCACAGGACCUCAUCCGCCUCUACGACAUCAUCCUGCAGAGUCUGGCCGAGCUCUCCACUCUGCAGGGUCUGGAGGAUGACCACACCUUCCAGAAGGAGGUGUCCCUCAAGACGCUGGUCUACAAGGCCUACAGGUGUUUCUUCAUAGCCCAGUCUUAUGUGCUGGUGAAGAAGUGGAGUGAGGCACUGGUGCUGUAUGAGAGGGUGCUAAAAUACGCCAAGGAGGUCCAGUCUAAGGCCAAGAGUCUCAACAACAGUCUCAAGGAUCUCCCUGAUGUUCAGGAGCUCAUUGCUGAGGUCAACGCUGAAAAAUACUCCCUUCAAGCUGCUGCCAUUUUAGAUACUGAUGAGACUGCUGAAGUUCCUUCUCAGCAGCAGGUGAAAGACAACACGCCCCUCUGCAACCGCCUGGAGACUUUCCGCCUCGACCCCGCCCUCGUAGGAAAGCAGCCCAAUCUGGUCCAGUUCCCUCCUGACUUCCAGCCAAUCCCCUGCAAGCCCCUGUUCUUUGACCUUGCUCUCAACCAUGUGGCCUUCCCACCCCUGGAUGACAAGGUGGAGCAGAAGGGCAAGGGUGGUCUCACUGGCUACAUCAAGGGCAUCUUCGGCUUUGGCAGCUAAAUCAGUCACAGGCUCUACAGGGGAGCCAAAAGGCCCAGAGUUUACCACAAACAACCAGACUUGGGUCAGUUGUUAAUUAGAAUAAUUUCAGGUACAUUUAUGUUUGAUUAUUAGUGCCUAAGUGCAAGAUGGGUAGAGUUUGCAGUUCUGAGCAAGGCAGAGUCUAAUCUUCCCAGAAAGAUUAUAGAAAAGUCAUUGAAUCAAUUUCAAGUAACAAUAUGACCAAAGUCGACCUGCCACCUUUUAGUAAUAACAUCAGGCUGUGUGGGUUAGAGCUAUGGAGGUGUCUCUUUCAAGUUUUACAGGUUCCCAUGCCAUGGUCUCAGUAAGUACAGCCAAGUAGUCAAUCUCACAAUCCAGUCAGAGUAAACUAAGCCACUUAGGCAUCAUCAGUAGUAAGUCAUUUUUAUUUCAGUGUUAUGUAAGCGCCUUCAUCUAAUUGUCUCACUUUUUUUCUUUAUGUGAGAGAUGUUUUCAUUGUUUCUUAAACAUAAAAUUUACAAAGUGCAGUUUUGUUAUUGCACCUACUAUGACUUACAAAAACAAAGUGGUGCUCAUCAGAUAACAUGAAUAUCCUGUGACCUGUAGUUUGACAGACUGAAGCUGUUUUAUCAAUCAUCAUAGUUUCAAAAGACUUCAGCUGCGUCCCACUUCUUCCCGUCACCUUCUCUCUGAUCUCGCCUCCUUUUGACUGCAUUAAGACACCAAUUUGUGAUUCAAAACUUCACUUUAUACACUGGCAAGUCAGCCCACCACUGCACUCAUAAUGCCUUGCGGACAGCUCAAGAAAAAAAGACGAACAUUACAGGCUGGUAAUGCAGCAUUAAACUGGAUAUGUGUCGCUGUUUAAAAAGCACAAGAAGAAAGUUAUCUCAACACUUUUUUUUGUUGUCCGUCUUUUGUAAGUGGCUUCUGAUGUGUACAAGUCAUGUGAACAGAGAUGUUACCAAAUGAAGGAAGACUGAAUUUAGUAUUGAGAUAAAAUUUGAAAGUUUUAGGUGCAUCGAAGUGUGAAAUGUCGUUUUCCUUUCUUUUUUUUUUAACAGAAAAAAGCAGGAUGGUUCAUUGUUUUUUAAUUUGUUGAUUGUAGUUGACAACUGCCACAGGUCAUUGCAUAUGUUGUCCUGUAUGACAUUUGGCACUAAACUUACCAUUAUGUUAGAGAAGGGUCCAACUGCGUCAGCUUGUCUAGAUGGAAGCACAAGCCUCAUUUUUAACAGCCUUCAAUGUCUUAAUGGUCUGCUGGUUGAUGACCAUGUUGUACCAGCACUGAGGUGGGAAACAAUUGCAAGUGCAGCUCCUCAGACUAAUUAAUUCCUGCAGUGUUUUUAUUUUGACUGUUUCAUUUACAUUUCAGUUUAAAAAAAAAAAACACCAAUCACUGUUGUCGGACAACAGUAGCCACUAAGGACGUUUUUAGCAGCCUUUCAUUCAUCACACCACCACGCCUGUUUGUCCGUCAUGAAUAGGACUAAAAUGUUUUCAUCACCAGUGACAUGUCUAUGGAUAAACUGUAAUGCUAGAAAAAUCUUUUGUCAUCAGUUGUUUGCCAGUCAUAAUGUCCGCACCAAAGCCACACAUUUCCCCAGAUCCUUAAGGGACCUGGUUUGCCUGUGAUACCUGGUUAAACACUAGUUAGAGGACUGUUUCACUGUCACUCACCCACUCGUAUAUUUAACUGUUUUGCUUAAUAAUUUUAUCAAUGUCUUUGGUUUUAAUGUUUUUUUUCUCCCCUUCAGUAUUUUAUGUUAAAGAAUUAAGAUGGACGUGCUGGAAUACUUCCAGCACUUUACCUCGAGUAGCCUGGAAAACAGUUAGUCCUGAUGAAUAAUUAAGCUGAAGGAGAAAUGAAAUGAGACUGUAUGAUUUGAUCUAGUUUCCAGGCCUAUAAUUAAAAUAUAUUUGCACCAAA